AAUCUUUGUGAGGUUGGAUGCGUCAAUGAUUCCACAUAGAAACAACAUUUCUCAUUGGAUUAAUUGAAAAAAUCCAACUUAUGUUAAAAGAACAUUAUUUUAUUCAGAAUUUGAGCUUAUCCAUCUCCAAAAAACUAUACUUACAUAUUCUUGGUUAGUUUCAAUAUUUGGGAAACUUGAAAUUCAACCAUUGUAUGCUUCGUGGAUCCCACAAAGAAACAAAUUUCUCAUUGGAGUUGUAAAAUAAUCCAGCUUGAAGUUGCACUGUUUAUUUUAUUUGGAUUUGGAGAUUAUUGAUCGGCAGAAGCUAUCUGACAAAUUAAAAGGCAGCUGAACACUACCUUUGUCUUAACAGUUGCAUUGGGAACUCAGCUUUGUUAAAGAGUUGUAGAUAUAUGUGUGUUUAGAGGGAGCUACUGGGAGCUUUGUUGGGAGAUGGAGCCACAAAUAAUGAAGCUGCAGCUGAGAGACUCUCUCCCGGUGCCUUGCGUUCAAGAGUUGGUCAAAAGCUCGCCGUCGACAGUUCCCCAUCGAUAUAUUCGCCCCGACCAAGAUCCUCCUUUUGAGUUCACUGACACUUCAGCUCAAGUCCCUGUUAUUGACAUGCACAAGUUGCUGUCCUCCAGCAAUUGUGAGGAUCCUGAACUUGAUAAGUUCCAUCAUGCUUGCAAAGAUUGGGGUUUCUUCCAGCUGAUAAAUCAUGGAGUGAGUGAUGUAUUGGUGGAGAGUAUGAAAUCAGGCAUUCAAGCACUCUUUAAUCUUCCAAUGGAAGAGAAGAGCAAGCUGUGGCAAAAACCAGGAGAUGUUGAAGGAUUUGGACAGAGCUUUGUUGUCUCUGAGGAGCAGAAGCUUAAUUGGGGAGAUCUCUUUGGACUUUUUAUGCUCCCCACUUACUUAAGGAAACCUCACUUGUUCCUCAACCUCCCUCUUCCAUUCAGAGAUGAUUUGGAUGCUUAUGCACUGGAGAUGAAAAAUCUAGCCAUGAAACUGCUUGAAUUAAUGGCGAAGGCACUGAAAAUGGAGAUUUGCGAGAUGAGAGAGGUGUUUGAAGAAGGAAUGAUGUCAACAAGAAUGAACUACUAUCCUCCAUGUCCUCAACCAGAACUUGUCAUUGGACUCAAUAACCAUUCUGAUGCAUCUGCCAUUACCAUUCUUCUUCAAGUCAAUGAAAUGGAAGGCCUCCAGAUAAGAAAGGAUGGGAGGUGGGUUCCUGUUAAGCCUCUCCCAAACGCCUUUGUUGUCAACAUUGGAGACGUUAUGGAGAUUAUCACGAAUGGAACGUAUCGUAGCAUUGAGCAUCGCGCAACAGUGAACUCGGCGAAGGAGAGGCUCUCAGUGGCCAUGUUUUACAGCCCAAGAUUGGAUGGGGAGAUAGGUCCUGCCCCAAGCUUGGUCACUCCAGAAAGACCUGCCUUGUUUAAAACAAUUGGAGUCACAGAUUUCCUCAAAGGAUUCUUCACCAGGGAACUGAAUGGGAAGUCAUAUCUCGAUGUUAUGAAAAUCCAAAAGGAAUAGAUAUGAUCAAAACGGCUGCUUUGUUGUUGAUUUCUGAAACUUCAUAUAAUAGCUCUGCUAUACAAUCAAAGAACACUAUGCUGUGGCCUUCUUUAUCACAUAGCUGUUUGUCACAGAUUCUUUGGUUUUGAAAGUUGGAAUAGGUUGCUUCAAGCUGUUGUUUUGUUUUAAAAAUGUUCUGAACAGAUCUGAGCGGGGAAGUGGUGGCGAUCCGAUGAAUACCCAGUUCAGAUUUUGAAGUAAAUGCAAGGGGGUGAGUGGGGUCUUCACUUUUUCCUGUUUUAUCAAAAUCAAUUCAAGAUUUGAAGACAGUUCAAGUGGGAUUCUUCCGUUUUGAUUAAAAGCAAACCCCAAUACAAAAUUGGAGAAGAAUCAAAGUGUACAAGGUUGGUAUUUUACCUGUUUUGAUCAAAACUCAGUUUAGAUUUUGAACUAAGAUGAAGUGGGUAAGUGGGUGUUCUACUGUCCUCAUCGAAACCCACUUCACAAUCUGGAACUAA